AUGCUGAAAGUAUGUUGGGAUUGCAUCGUUGGAUCUCGCACAGAAAAUGAACAAGAGCAUACUAUUCAACUGAAUGGUAACACGCAUAGAGCUCCACCGUGGCCAAUAUCUCAGUAUAAUAACGAAAUCAUGUUUAUUUUACCAAAGAAAUUGAGUUCAGGUGAUCAAAUUAAUGUUGCGGGCAACAUGGCAAAUAACCCAAAAGCAUUAACUGUAAGUUUAAUGACGGGAAAUAUGUCACCAGACUACCAAAAUAUAGCAUGCCAGUUGGAAGCUACAUUUCCAUCAAAUCCAAAUAACCCAAACCAAUUGUCUUUGAAAAUUGUUGAAAAUGGAUAUAAUGAGGAAGUUACUGGAGACUAUCAAAGUUUUUUGGCUACUGAGUUGUUUACAGAUUUAAACUUUAAUUUUGGUUUCUCUGUCAGAGUAAAUGGAAAUUAUCAAAGUGGUCACAUCCUAGAUAUUUAUGUUGGAGAAUCAUUUUUGGAACAAGUAAAGUUAAAACACAAUAUAGAGGAUAUCAGAUUCUUAACUCUAAGUGGGGAUAUCACAAAAGUUAAUAAACUGGAUUUUCAAUUUGCA